AUGACCUACAUCUGUCUGGUAUCAGGACCAAUCAAUCUCAUUCAGUCUGAUUGCUUGGUAGAGUGCACACCUCAAAACCGACGACAAGUGAAAGAAGACGACGAUCGUCGUAGAAAACGGGCGGCGCGGAACGGAGCGGCGUUGAAACUCUUGUCUGUGGGAAUGGGCGGCGUCGCGGAUUUUCGCCUCACGGGGGCGGCCAUCUUUUUCAUUCUGAUCUUGUCCAAGUACCACAUGGUGUUUGGUUCUGACUGU